UAAUUUGUAUUUCUAUUUACGGUUUAUUUGUUGGAGAAUUUGCUCCGGGGGAAUUUACGAUGAAUAUCGGUUUACUUUUCUAUACACUAUUUCUAUUUGUAAUUGCUUGCAUGAUUAAUGUAAACGGUUCAUUUUAAAUAUUAUAAAAUUCUAAUAAAAUUUACUAUUUUGUGUCUUGGAAAUUCAGAAAUGGCAAAUAUCGAGAAACUUCAGUUUCCGGCCUUAGAAAUAACUGGGGCAAAUUACACGGCGUGGAUAACUAAUAUGGAGCUUCAUCUAGAUUCAGAGAAAAUACUCGACACAAUAAAAGAAGGAAACAAAACGGCAUCUCAUGAAAAGGCUAAGGCCGUAAUAUUUCUGAGAAAGCACCUAGAUGAAAACCUUACGCAUGACUAUGCAAGGAUAAAAGAUCCUCUAGAUCUUUGGAAAGCCCUAAAGGAGAGGUUUGAUAACCAGAAGAAAAUAACUCUUCCCCAUGCACUCGAUGAAUGGGCGAACCUGCGGUUUCAAGAUUUUGAAAAGGUGGAAACGUACAAUUCCGCUAUAUUAAGGAUAGCGGCGCAAUUAGAAUAUUGCGGUAAGCCCGUGACGGAAGCAGAAAUGCUUGAGAAAACUUACCAAACGUUCCACAAAAACCAUUAUGUUCUACAAGAACAAUACAGAAACCGUGGAUACACGAGGUUCUCUGAACUCGCUGUAGCGCUCAUGAUAGCGGAGAAAAAUAAUGAACUCCUUAUCAAAAACCACAAUAUCCGACCCACAGGAACCAAAGCAUUUCCUGAGGUGAAUGCAACGGAUGUAAAAAAUCCGGAAAGAGGAAAUGUUUCCUAUCGUGGUCGUGGUCGUGGUCGUGGUUACGGUCGUGGUCGUGGCCAUCGAUUUAAUCGUGGUAAUGAAAGGAGUUACAACCCAAAAGGAAGGGGAUCCAACACGUGGAAUCGAUCCGAUCGUGGAAAAGGGAAUGAAGCCCAAGAAAACCCUACUCGUAAAAACGAGAACGUCUGUUACAGAUGUGGAUCGAAGGGGCAUUGGUCUCAAGUAUGCCGAACUCCUCAGCAUCUAUGUAAGUUGUACCAAGAAACCAUCAGAGGCAAAGCAAAGGAAGUUAAUCUUAAUGAGCACUUUGAGGGUACAACAUCUACAUACCUUGAGUCUUCUGACUUUAUGGACGAUGUCGACGAGGCCACUCAUCAAGAUAAUUAAAAUGCUUAUAGUAAUCAAGCCCAAUAAUGCCAGUGAUGCCAUAAAUUAUUAUUACUAUUAUGUAUUUUCAGUUCUAGAAUAAAAUUGUUUUUCGAAACAACUAAUGUAUAAUUAUAGUUUAAUGUAUAAGUGAGUGUGUGCUUAUAAUCAAUGUAUAAUUAUAUAAUGUUUACUUAUGAAAUUUUAUUUUCUUUAUUAAUAUUAAUUGUGUGUUACAGAAAUGGAUAAUGGAACAACAACUAAGCAAAUUGGUAGAGAAGUUUGCAUUCCAGAUAGUGGUACAACACAUACUAUACUGAAAGAUAAGAGAUAUUUCUCUAACUUAAAGUCAGCAAAAAUGACUGUAAACACAAUAUCAGGUCCUACGGAUUUGAUUGAAGGAAUUGGCAAAGCAAACUUUAUGUUACCUAAUGGAACAAAGUUUUCCAUAAAAAAUGCUUUAUAUUCUCCAAAUUCAAAGAGAAAUUUGCUGAGUUUCAAGGAUAUAUACCUUCAAGGAUAUGAAACUCAGUCUGCAACUGAGAAUGGAAAGAAGUAUAUGUAUAUAACUUCUGAAAAGUCAGGCAAAAAUCUUGUACUGGAAAAGUUUCCAAAACUUCCUUCUGGAUUACAUCAGACUUAUAUUAAUGCGAUAGAAUCAAACCUU